GUAGAGCUCGCAGCUCGCAGCUGCACCUCUGGCCGUCCCCGCAGCCGGCCGGUGAUUCGUGGCCUCACUUUUCCCAGCACGGGGACCCUCAUGAGCUUCGCGGUUGGUGCCACGGCCGUUGGGCAACAAGCCCGACGGGAACUCUCGCGAACUACUCCCGAUCUGCUCCUCGAUCGCCGGCUUUAUUAAUCCCCUUCCGUCGACAAGUGCAGGCAUUACGAUGUCCUGACCCUCUCACGCCAUGGAGCCAUCAUUCCCUUUAUCCAUGACAUUGGGCCUGCUUUCACAUACCCGAUGAGCUCUCACAUCUAGCACCUAACAUAAUCCCCCCUCCCCCCAAUCAUAAAAAUCAUUAAACCUCCGCAAGCAGCAGCUUUAGUGGAGCAAGAAAAAAAAUGCCGUUCCAGCAAGCCCCCAUCUCGGCGCAGUACUCGCGGAGGCUGGUUAAUGACCGCCUCCCGACCUUCGUCUUUCAGGCGUGGUACUGCGACCGCGAGCUGUCCGACACGGAGCCCUACAAUCAGAGGCUGGCCCGCACCAUCUGGGCGUACCCAGACCCGAUGCUGAUGGGCCUCGUCUUUGAAGGGCGCCGGGCCCAGCCUCGGGACCUGUCGUUUGUUGCCCCUAUUUCGAUCCGAGUGUAUGCUCGCAACUGCCUAAAAGAAACCGAGGGCGCCUUCUUCGAGCGCAUCAACUGGCUCUGGGAGGUCGUGUUCCCCAUCGCUGCUGAGCGCUUCCUCGGGAACCUUGGACUGAGCCCCGAGUUCUUCAACAUGCACGCCGAGGCCAGCGACGGCGUCCGCAUCGAUAAAUACACCCGCAUGGCCGUGGCAAACAAGGUUAACCAACAGAUGGGCCGGCUGAGGCUUGAGAAGGCCGAGGCAUACUCGGCGGCGGAGCUUGCCGAUGGGGUUCUGCUUGCAGCAUCGGCCUUGAGGCCGGUCGUUUCCAGUGCCUUUUCCUCCCUAGUUGGCAUGGCAGCGAACCUGACCCCGAGCUCGCUCAAGACGGGCAAAAUGUUCGCCGCACCACCCCCCGAGAAGACUCAGCGUGCCGAUCAGGUUUACUCGCCCUGCUCGUGCUCGUGCUUGUCCAAACACAGCCAGGACCCCUCCUCUACUUUUAUCACGGAACCUUGCGAGAGCCAAGCGGAUGGUGUGCACCAAGUGCAAGAAGGCCAUUGGGACGACGUAAACCAGGCGUUUGCCAACCUUAUCUCGGAUCGGCAAUCCAUGGACGAGUGCGAAUGGCGCAGCGCCUCGACAGCCGUGGCCUCGGCUGCCUUCCCGAGGCACUGCAAGGACUUUAGAAAAAAGUUCAGCCAAGUCAAGGCCAGAUGGAACAAUCCAGAGGGCCUGCUAGAAUCCGGCCUCGAGACGCACUUCCUGUGGAAAGCCGUGUCCGAGAUGAGCGACCUGGCGCGCAUCUACUGCCAGCUGCUGCGCACCAUCACGUCCGAGGAGACGCACCACGAGGCCAUCAAGGACCACCAGCUCGGCGCUAUCGGCAACACCACCACCGCCGUCGGGCUCGUGUGCGGCACCGGCAUGCUGGCCUACCGCUCCGUCCUGUCCUUUGCACGCAACAAGACGGCGGUGGGCGCGGUGCUUGCCGGCACCGCCGUGGUCGCCGCCGCUGUGGCUGCGGUGCCGGGCAAGAAGGCGUAUGGGCACUUUAUCGGCAUGCGGACGUGCCGGAAACUCGACGACGACUGUGAAUCGUUCAGACAGGAGUUUGGCGACCUCAUGCGCGUCACGGCGCUCUGCUUUGCCGCGUCGACGGGCUACGCGUCGAGGUUCAAGUGCAGCCCCGACGCCAAGGAGUCGUUCCUGAAGAGCUUCGGCGUGGACCUGGAGAAGGUCGGGCAGGAGGAGUACCAAAAGGAGCAGAUCAAGAACCGGGUCAGGAAUAUGGCGACGGCGUACGAGACGCUGGCACAGACGCUGCACAUUAUCGAGAAGAGCUGACGGGCGGCGUGCAUUGUGCUCGCACGACUUUUCUUUUGUCCCACAUGAGCAUUCCUUUGCCCUCCCCGAGAGGGCGGCCGAUUUCUUUUGUUGGCUGUUUGGCGUUCAGGUAGCUGCCGGAGGGAGGCAAGCCCAUACCCAGAUAUGUUUUGAGGUCAAUUAGGCCAGAAAUAGCGCGCACCCAUGGAAAUAGCUUCAUUUUGCCUCCUUCGUCAAGCCGUAGCCAAGAGUGCCUGGGUACGAUUAAGCUCAGAUCGCCACUCAGCCCUGGCAACUCCAGCUGGGGGUCCGC